AUGGCUACGCGGAGACUGAGACCUGAGGAUUGGAAUCCGGCCUUUCAGACCAGGAUAUCGACGAGAGUUGCGCACGAGCCGAGGGAUGAGUUUGCGAGGAUCUCGAAGAACUCGGACAGAGCGUUGCGACCCAAGCCAUUGAACAUCCCUCCAAGACAGCUGCAGUCUCCGCCAGAUCUCAAGGCGCCGCCGCCAUCGAGGAAACAAAGCUCGGAAUAUGGGGAUGUACUACGAGAUCCUGAGAUCGUCGACGUUGCUCCGUCUGGAACAUGGCCGCAGAGAGAGUCGCCAGCGCAUCGGCAACAGCGAAAGCAGUCUCCCAGCAUAACGUCCCAGUACAGCACGAGGCAAUCUGAAAUCUCGUUGGGGAUCUUGGACUACUAUAUGCGUGAUCGAACUCCAUCGCUGCAUAGUCCGACACUACCACCACCUACACCAAAGGUCGACCCAGCAAUUGAGAAGUUCGACUUCGGACUACCACCAACUCCCACACCAUCAGCUGCCACGCCUGAACUAUCUGCAGCAGACACAAAACCAGGCGCAGAAAGGAGAGACCAGCCCCUGAUCCCACUAUCCCCACCUACCAUCAACCGACCCCCACCGCCACCAAAAGGCUACUCGCUCUUCCCAGUGAUCAAACAAGUAACACCCCCGCCACGCCAACCGAUCCUCGUAGAAGAAACAAUCAACCUACAAGCAAUCACCCCAACAACCCACCACCCACCCCCCGACCCCUCCUACCGCCAGCGAAAGGAAUCCAUCUCCACCACCACAGCAGGCCGCACCCGCACCGACAGCCACCCCAAACGCACGCCGCUCCGCAUCUUCUCCUCAGACUCCACUAGCAGCACCGCGACACCACGCUCCCGUCGCCAGAUCUCCACCUCCUCCUCGACCAUGCAGCACGCCAGGACCUCGUCGCCGCCGAGCGCGAGUCGCUGGUCCGACGACACGAUUGCUUCGCCGCCGAGUACCGCGGGCCUGCGGACGAGUUUCGGGAGUUUGUUGCGGAGGGAGAGUACGGCGCAGCAGGGGUAUAGCUACUACCCGGAUUGUUUCUUUGAGGAUGAUGACGAUGAGGCGGAGCCGUUGAGGAGGAGGAGGUGGAGGAGGAGUCCGGGGGCGACGACGAGUUCGGGGGAGAGUGCGUCGUAUGGGGCGGGGAGGAGGGGGCAAACGCCGCUUUGGAGGAGGGUGCUUUUGUGUGGGUGUGGUGGGUGA